CUCUAGCUACCAACAACUUGACGGCCAAGAAACAGGUGUUUGAACUUCUCUCUGCUCUGUGUGUGUACAGCCAGGAAGGAUAUGACCGCUCUUUGGAGACCUUAGAAUUCUACAAGGAGAAGAAAUGUGAAAGGUACAGGUUAAAGGUAGUCGUCGAUGAACUGAGGAACACGAAAAGUGUGGAAUAUCAGACAGUACUGGUUACUUUUGUCAACUGUCUCAUCAUCUCUGCUCUUACGACAAAGGAGCGAAUCCGAAUUCGAAACGAAUUUAUUGGUUUGAAAGUUUUGGAAGUCUUCAGUCAUCUUAGGAGAGAAUGCUCAAAAAACGGACGAGAGACGGACCUUUCUGAGCAGCUGGACGUGUUUGAUGAACAACGCUACGCUGACGAGGGUCAGCUCACCGGACCAGAUGGAGUUGACCUAAACUCUCACCUGGAUGUUUUCUACGCCAUUUUGAGACAG